UUGUCGAAAAGCUAAAUGUGUGUGUUGUGUGUAUUGAACGUUAUGUUGCAUUCAUCAUUUUCAAUUAUCGAUUCUCGGAAUUUGAACGAACGAUAAAAUUGGUGAUGUUCAAGAUUUAAUCAUCGUUUUCUUUUUGAUGAUAAACGACAUCUAAACGUUCAACGACCACAUUAUCAUCAUUGAUUGAUUGAUUAUCGAUGAGCCGAUGAAAUCAAUCAAAUAAAAACUUUGAUUAUUGUAGAAAAAUUAUAGUCAUAUUUAUAUUUUGAAAAAAACAAAACAAACAAAAUGUUCUAUUCGGUAUUUGUAUUGGGUAAAAAAGGCCCAUUAGCACGUGUUUGGUUGGCAGCACAUUGGGAUAAAAAAAUAACAAAAGCACAAAUUCUUGAAACAAAUAUCGUCGAAAGUGUUGAUUCAAUACUUCAGCCAAAAAUAAAAUUAUCAUUACGAACAUCGUCCCAUUUGUUGCUUGGUAUUGUACGAAUAUAUUCACGCAAAGCAUUAUAUCUGCUACAAGAUUGUCAAGAUGCUGCAUUCAAAAUUAAAUCAGCAUUUCGACCGGGUGUUGUCGAUCUACCGGAUGGUAAAACUGAAGCUGCAAUCAGUGCAAUUACAUUGCCCGAAAUGUUUGAUUUUAUUAAUGAUUUUGAUUUGAUGGCCGAACCACAAUUACAUUUGGAAACAACACCAACAACAACAGCCAAUAUUCGCAAUAUUACAUUGGUUGAGGAUAUUAGUUCGAUACAUGUUGAUGAUCCAUUAAUGAUGAAUGAUGUUCGCGAUUGGAGUGAAAUUGGUUCGAUUGGUGGCGGAUCGAUCAAUAUCAAAGAUUCUACUUUAGAUCAUACAUCAUUGAAUGAUAGUGGCAUAUCAUUGAAAAAUAACAAUAACAUCGAUCUCUUUGAUCGUCCUGCAUUGGAUGAUGGUUUUGGCGGCCAACUUGGUGUCGGUAUUGUUGAUGAUGUUGAUGCAGAUGAUGUAUUCAAUAUGCCAAUGCCCGAUAAUCUAAAUAAAAAUGAUUUGAAUAUGGAAAAUGGUUUGGAUGGAAAUAAAGACGCUUUGAACAACAUUGAAAAUGGUGGCCAAUCGCAACAUGAACAGCCGGAAAGACCACAUUCAGUCAUGUCGGAUGCAAGUGAUGCAGAAAGUUUUGGUGUACCCGGUUCAUUUGGCGGUGCAUCAAGUCCUGAUUCAACAUUAGGUGAUGUUGAUCCAUUCAAUUCGAUUGCUGAUAAUACUAUUGUGGGAAAUCAAUUGAAUAAUAAUGAUGAUAUAGCGAAUGAUGAUCCAAAUCAAAUAAUAGAUCCAAAAGAUGCAAAUCAAUUAUCACAAAAUACAAUGAUAUUGGAACCAAUCGACCCACAGACAGGUGUAUUGGAUAAAAAACGUAAACGACGAAAGAAAAUUGGCAUGGUUAUUGAUGAAGUGAAAACAUUAUCCGGCGAAGAAAUGAAAGCACAAUUAUCCGAUACAACAGAUAUUGUAACGAAUUUAGAUCUUGCACCACCGAAUAAAAUGCUAAUGAAUUGGAAAAAAACUGGUCUAAGUGAUAAAUUGUUUACAUUACCUGAACGUUGCAUUUCGGCUAAAGCAUUGUUUCAUUAUUAUUCAAGAAAUUUAAUAACAAAUCGUUAUGAAGAAUUGAACGAAGAAGAUGAUCUGCUUGAUGAACGUAAUAUUUAUCCUUUGGCUGACGGUGAUGAAUUUGGUCGGCAUCAUACAUUGAAUGGUGAUGGUAUCUCGGAUCCAUCGAUGAUGAUGAUGAUGGAUCCUUUACAACCAAUCAAUGAUGAUUAUCAGCAACAACAACCUGAAUCACCACAACCACCAAGAACACCACGUAUUUCAAUGAAAAAUAUGCAAUCACCCGCACCCUCACAACGUAAACGUAAAAAAAUGGAAGACAAGGAAAAUAAAGAUAUUGGUAUCUCAAAUAAAAGGCAACGUGAAAAUUCAAAAUAUGAUUUAAAUAAAUUGAAUCAUUCGGGAACUGAUGCUGAGAGAACAUCAGCUGUAAUAGAUUCAAGUAAUUUAUUAAAUGAUAAUAGUUCAAUACCUGGAUUUCGUGAUCAUACUUCCAAUGAUUUACACGGUGUUGAUGGUGGCAGCUAUCAAAUGGAUCAUAUUGAUAAAAAUUUUUUGCCACAAGAUCAACAAUCCGACGAAGAACGUGAUGAAGAAGAAGAGGACGAUAUUUUUGACUAUGCUGCACCAAUGUCUGUUGGACCGGCCGAAGAAAUGUUACCAGAUGAAACAAUUGAUCAAUAUGAAGAACGUAUACGAACAAAACGUUCGAAUUUAUUACUAAAAUAUAUGGCCGUACAAUUGGAUGAUAAUGGUCAUAUACAAUUUACUAAUCUAGUUCGUAAUAAUAAACGAAAAUUGGUUGCACAAAAAUUUUAUGCAUUAUUAGUUUUGAAAAAACAAAUGGCCAUUGAAUUAUAUCAAAAUGCUGAAAUGCCAUAUUCCGAAUUGAAUAUAACAAAAGGACUAAAAUAUGAUGAACAUAUGGUAUCGACGACAGUAUCAUGAUCAAUCUGAUGGCGAACAUGGAUCUUCCUUUCAUUUCUUUUAUAUUGAAUAUAUUUAUUUAUUUGUGCUGAGAAUGACACGAAUACGAUUUAUUAAUUAUUAUUAAUCAAUGGCAACAACAUCAUCAUCGUAAUCAUCUCAUUACAUUUUUUGCAUUUUCAAUUGACAAUUUUU